AUGAUCGAAUCCGGCAAUAAUGCAGCUCUUUCAACCCGCCUCCUCGCUCGCAACAAUAAAAUAACCCUGACAUCAGGUCUCGCCCCUAAAUAUCUGCAAGCAAACUUAAUUAUCCUACCCUCCCGCUUCGCAUCCGACUUUCUGCUUCUGUGUCAUCGCAACCCAGUCCCAUGCCCACUACUCGCCUCUUCACGCACACCAGGGUCCGCCACGGCCCUGAAGUCUCACUUGCCUGGAAUCUCUGAUGCCGCGAUCGCGUCAGCGCUUGAUAUUUGCACAGACGUCCCAUUAUACAUGGUAUAUGACGAUGGCAAGCUGGUCAAGUCACACUGCUCAGAUAUUGCUAAGGAGUGGACGGAUGACCACGUCGCAUUCCUUAUAGGCUGCAGCUACAGUUUUGAGGCCGCCUUGACAGCAGCUGGUCUGCCGCCGAGGCAUACGGCCAUGGGCCGCAAUGUCCCCAUGUAUGCGACGAAUAUACCGCUCUGCGCUGCGGGCGUGUUUACUGGCGGAACUUACGUGGUCAGCAUGCGGCCGUACAGGAGGGCGGAUGUCGAGAAGGUUCGGGAGCUGACGAGGCCGUAUGUAAGCACCCAUGGCGAGCCUGUUGCAUGGGGCUGGGAUGCGGUGGAGAAGUUGGGGAUCAAAGAUAUCAAUGCACCCGAGUUUGGUGAUAUGCCGCUGGAUCUUGACCCAGCGGACGACGAGAUUGUACCAGUAUUCUGGGGAUGUGGUGUUACGCCCCAGCUUGCGUGA